AUGGACGAGUGGCGUCACAUGACUCCACCUUCCUCGACUUGUCAUGCAACUCCCAGAGGACUUGAGGAACUGAGCGAGGAAGAAUUGAUGUGCUUCAAAUUCGUGGGCUUUGGAACUGGGAAGUGUGUCUUAUGUGCCUUGCUGCAGACUGACAUUGACAUCUCUCCUCAAAUCCCUUCAUGGAGAGCAAUCCGCCAUCUUCUCGCCUUGGGGUCAUGCACCCAUAAACUUAUCGUGACCAAGCUGGCAAACGACAGAUAUUGGUCACUUCCGCCAUACCCUACACUUUCCGUCAGUUCAGGUUUACAUAGAGCGCAUGCUCUGCGUUCCCUCCGCUCUCGACGCGUGGAACGCGGUGAAGAAGGCGUCUACAUUCCAAAAUUCCAAUAUCCUACCCUACAGCCAUCUCUCUGA